CCUUCACCCCCCCCCUCAAACUGCCUUGAGGUGUCCGCGGCCCCUUUAAGGCGCAGGGCAUUGUGGGUGCGGGGAGUGGAAUUUUGGAACGAAAUGUAGCGAAGAGAAGUACAGUAGUAAGAGUAACAUUGUACCCGCCGCCGGCCGAGGGGGCGCGCCGGGGACGGGACGCCGCACCCCCUUUCUGCCGCAGGGACCCCCGACCAAACCUCCAGAGGGAGGAGGCGCCUGAGGACCCGGCCCGGUCCCGUCCACGUUCCCCCCAGGAAGCCGGACUCUAUGGGGCGGGACCCUGGGGGAGACUGAGCAGAACCUGGAGCCAGCCCCGAACCCCUGAACCUUGAGCCAGGGGCGCCCCGGGAGCACCCACCCGUGGGUGCGCCGCCCGCCCGCUGAGCAGCCAUGAGUGAGACCGUGAUCUGCUCCAGCUGGGCCACCGUGAUGCUUUACGAUGACACCAACAAGCGAUGGCUGCCGGCAGGCACGGGGCCCCAGGCUUUCAGCCGCGUCCAGAUCUACCACAACCCCACGGCCAACUCCUUCCGGGUUGUCGGCUGGAAGAUGCAGCCAGACCAGCAGGUGGUCAUCAACUGUGCCAUCGUCCGGGGUAUCAAGUAUAACCAGGCCACCCCCAGCUUCCACCAGUGGCGCGACGCUCGCCAGGUCUGGGGCCUCAACUUCGGGAGCAAGGAGGACGCAGCACAGUUCGCCGCGGGCAUGGCCAGCGCCCUCGAGGCAUUGGAAGGAGGGGGGCCUCCGCCACCGCCACCACCAGCAGCACCUUCCACCUGGUCUGUCCAGAACGGUCCUGCCCCAGAGGAGGUGGAACAGCAGAAAAGGCAGCCCCCGGGCCCGCCGGAGCACAUGGAGCGCCGGGUCUCCAAUGCAGGAGGCCCACCUGCUCCUCCAGCUGGGGGGCCGCCCCCCCCUCCAGGACCUCCCCCUCCUCCGGGUCCCCCCCCACCUCCUGGGGUGUCCCCCUCAGGGGUCUCGGCCGCAGGGCAUGGAGCAGGGGGAGGCCCGCCCCCUGCGCCCCCUCUCCCCACAGCACAAGGCCCCAGUGGUGGCGGAACUGGGGCCCCCGGCCUUGCGGCCGCCAUUGCCGGAGCCAAACUCAGGAAAGUCAGCAAGCAGGAGGAGGCCUCAGGGGGGCCCUCAGCCCCCAAAGCAGACAGCGGCCGGAGCACGGGCGGGGGGCUGAUGGAAGAAAUGAACGCCAUGCUGGCCCGGAGAAGGAAAGCCACACAAGUUGGGGAGAAACCCCCCAAGGAUGAAUCUGCCAAUCAGGAGGAGCCAGAGGCUAGAGUCCCAGCCCAGAGUGAAUCUGUGCGGAGACCCUGGGAAAAGAACAGCACAACCUUGCCAAGGAUGAAGUCUUCUUCUUCUGUGACCACUUCUGAGGCCCACCCCUCUACGCCCAGCUCCAGUGAUGAGUCAGACCUGGAGAGAGUGAAACAGGAGCUUCUGGAAGAGGUGAGGAUGGAACUGCAGAAAGUGAAAGAGGAAAUCAUUGAAGCAUUUGUCCAGGAGCUGAGGAAGCGGGGUUCCCCCUGACCACAGGGCUCCCGAAAAUCCCGUAUGUCCUUUCUGCACACCCCGCCUGUCACCCUGCUUUCCCUGCCUCAACUUGACUUGGAAUUGGCUGAAGACUACACAGGAAUGCGUCGUCCCCGCUCCCCAUCCUACUUGGAAAAUUCCAAGGGGGUGUGGCUUCCUUGGCAACGUGCCCACACCCAUACUGGCUGCUGAUUGGCUGGGGAGGCCCCCACCCUUUGCUCCCUUUGGUCCUUCCCCUCUCCUUGGGGCUGGUUCCUCCGCUGGGGAUGUACCAAUGAACCCCACAGUAAGGGGGGAGGAAGGAGGGAAUCUCACAUUCCCUUGUUCUAGAUUCACUUUAACGCUUAAUGCCUUCGAAUUUUUGUUUUUUUUUUUAAGAAAAAAAAAAAUAUAUAUAUAUAUUUAGGUUUUUUGGGGGGAAAGGGAAAUUUUUUUCUCUUUGGUUUUGAUAAAAUGGGGUAUGGGGAGUUUUUAAAUGCUGUGCCCCAGGCUUGUCCCAUUUGGGGCAGCUAUUUAAGGGGGGGGGUGUCCCACCAGGCUGGGGGCACCUCCACCCCCCACCCCAGGGAACUCCCUUCCCUUUGGCUCCUUCCCCUUUUCUAUGAGGAAUUAAGAUGCUGUAACUUUUUGGAACCUCAGUUUUGUUUUGUUUUGUUUUGUUUUUUUAUUUGGGUAGGUUUUGGGGGCCAGGCCAUUUUUACCCCCUGGGGAAAAUAAAAGGAGGGAGAAAGGAAAAGGGGAGGAAACCUCCCCUCUCCCACCUUCACCUUUAGCUUCUUGAAAAAUUGGCCCCUACGGAAUAAAUCUGCCAGUUUUUAUAAA